UAGCAUUUGAUAUCGUGUUGCGCGUUUCGUAGCUGAUUCGUUGUUAUUAUCAAUUUUUUUGUUUUUGUUUAUAGUGCCGUUAAAAACGUAGCAAGCAGGCAGAAAACAGUGAGACGCGCAAGCCCAAAUAAUAAAUCAAAACAGCAGCAGCGACAGCAGCAGCGGCCGGAAAAACAAGUUGGCUCAGUGCCCCGUUGCCAUAUUGACAUAUUCUCGCUGCGCAUUCAGUGGUAAAGUGCAGGUGCGCAGUUUGUAACGGCGCCCAUGCGCGGACAGCUGAUCGAUAACAAAUCGAUUGAAACUAACCUAACCUAACGGCAAUUCAGUUUCAAAUAAUCAAUAUAACCGUAUCACCAUCAGCUGCAUCAGUAUAAACAAUAAAAAAAAAACAAAGAAAACACAAAUUGCAGCAGGCUGCGAUAUAAACAAUAUAUUAUAUAUAUAUACAGAUAAACGUUACAAAAAUAUGUUUCAAAUUCCACGACCAUCGCGGGUAACGCUGCAAGGCGCUGCCAUAGCGCUCGGCAUGGUGAUGUUAAUGUCCUGUGUACGUCCUCUGGGUGUGCUGUUCCUGGGCCUAUUCAGUUACUGGCUGUAUUGGACACGUUGCAGUUUUCGUGUUGUUCUCACACCGCAGCUGCGCGAAAAGCUCGAGUCGUGGUUGCAUCGCAUCGAGGAUUGGCGUCACAACUCGCCCAGCAUGUUCUGUUUGGUUAGCAGCGGCAGCCUGGCCACCCUGGCCGUGUUGGGCCAUCUAAUAUCGGGCUCCACGCUGGUGCUGACCCUGUUGGUUCUCUCUGCACUCGUAUCCACCAAAUACAAUUUCAAGCUGCUGCAAAUCGAACACAAAGAUUUUCAAUGGUCGGAGAAGAUCAACUACAACAAUGCCGAGGCCGAGCUGGAUGAUGAGUUUAUGCCGGAUGUUAACGAAUCGAAUCUAUUUGUGUUGGAACGCGCCAGCGAUGUGGCCACCAUCAGCUCACCCACCGACGCCGAUGGCGUUGGCGAAGGGGAUGAUGAUGAGUGCAGCGACGAUAUACCCUCUGAGCUGCUUAUACCCGAUUCCAUACCCGAAAUCGAUGAGCAUUCAACGGACGAGGACGAUGAGUUGGUGCCGCUUUCGCAGCCCAAGCAAAGUGCGGCGGAAUCAAACGCUGCUCCACAACAACAACAACAACAACAAUACGAGCAGAGCAGGCCAGCGAACAGCGAGGGCGAACAAUCAACUGCAAACAAGUCAAUGGACUUUCGCAGAGGGCACUUUAAGCGCGACUCCUCGUUGUCCACCACCUCAUCAUCAUCUGAGGAAAGCCUAUCCAAAGGCCUGCAAUUUCCUGACCACACCAGCGUCGAUGCCGGCGGCCCCAACCCACUGCGACAGCUAACUGAAGCGCCCAGCGAUCCCGCUGCCAGCAACAGCUCUCUAAUGGCGCUGGCCGUUAAAACGCAGGCGCAGGCACUCCUGCCCAGCCUCAUGACCAAUCUGGUUAAAUGGGGCGCCAACCAGGUGGACAGCACCGAUAAUGCGGCGGCGCUGGCCAAAUAUCAGCGACGCCAAGUGACCGCACUGGACUCAUCCGAUGAGAGCGACUUUGAGAUACUCGAAACGGAUGACUUUAAGUAAACUACUGUACGGCAGCGUAUUACCAACUAAUAUCUUAAAUAUACAUAUACAUAUAUCUAUAUAUAUGCAUACAGAUGCACAGAUGCUUAUAAAACAAAUUGGAUAUCAGAACUGUUCUGUUCUGUUCUGUUCCGUUCCGUUCCGUUCUGGCAAUAGAUAUUUUUGCAUGCCAUAUGAAAAAGCGAUGCAGGCAGUUUAUAAUUUGCGGCUUUAUACUGAGAAAAUGUAUGUAUUGUAACUCUACGCUUUAUUGAUGAUCUGCAUAUAUAUCAUUUUAUAUAGGUUUUGUAAUAUUCGCUUUAUCUAUGACAUCCACUUUAAGUUCUGUUCCGUUCGCUGUGCUUGUGUAAAUUUUAUUUUUAUUUUUUUUUGUUUUUUUUUUAAAUUAUAGUCUUAGUCUAUAUUUUUUUUUUUACUAUUAUUAUCAUUAUUGUGUUUUGGAGCAGCGGUUUAGUUACUAAAGACGCAAAUGAAAAUUGAUUUGAGUUUCGUUUAGGAUUUCAAUUAGCAGUAUGCAAAAAUGUAAAUAAUAUAUCAAUAUUCAUAUACAUUUAUACGGAUACUCAUGCAAAUGUUGAGCUACUUAAAUUGUACCCACAGCGUUAAAGAAAGGAAAUCGGGCAAAAACAUACAUACAUACGUACUCCUCUAUAAAGUUGAUGCGGUGCUAUAAACCAUAUUUAAACAAAAACAAAAGGAACAACGCUUAAGAGAAAUUUGACAAAAUUGUGUAUAAAAGAAUUACCCUCUUAAGCGAUUGAUGCUAUUUACUGAUGAUUAAACGAAAUAAAAUCGAUUUAUUUAAACAUUUUUCUGUGACCAUUAACAGUCUGUCUUCAUUGUGACAA